CAAAAGCUCUCCUGCAAACACUCACGACUACAAUGGCAAAACUAGACGAGAGGGAAAGUGACACAGAACAUAACAAUACAAUAUUCUUUAAGUAUUUGCUGAAGUCAUGAACUCAGCUCAGCAAUUGCUCCGGUCCCAGAGGGACUUGCUGCUGAAGUGGACUCUUGACCACCCAGCACCCUUGCUGCGUUGGCUGCGUGAUGCUGAGGUGCUGUCCUCUGCCCACUACCUGUCUCUGCUGGAGAGGUCACCUUCCAAUGCCGUGGCCCAGGCUCUAGAGAUGGUGUGCGCCACCGAGGAGAGCAGCCUAAAGUUUCUGCAGGUGCUGAAGGAGGUGCAGGAUUAUUACGGCAGAGAUCUGCAGGUGUGGGUGGAGAGACACUGCAGGGACGAUCACGUCAGUAAGCCAGCGCCUGCACCCAUGAAAGUUGAAGAGAAGAAGCCUAAAGGCCCCAUUGCUAAACUGUUCAAAGGAAAGAGCAAGGGAUUCACCCUGACUACUGAGGUUAAAGCUGAAGAAGAACUGAAACCCAGCAGGAGUGCAAAGCUGGCCAACAUCCGAGUUCCUAUUUCUGCCCAUAAAACAACCCUUCUGAAACGCACAGAGCAGUUAAAGUGCUACUCGGAGGGUGAGGGUGCGGCUUCAAACUCAGCUUCUCACAUCGAGAUCCGCUACACUGACCUUUUUGUGACAGAAGAUGACGACUCGGUUGACAGCAGCCAACAUGAGUACUUUGACCUGGCGAGCAGACGAGCUCGCAUCUAUGUCCACCAGGCUUGCCAGCGUAUCCGGCCGUGCCAUCUGCUGGGGCCCCAAGGAACAUCGGGACGGCCCCCCAAACGGGUUAAAGUGAAGGGUAUUGCUGGUAUUGGAAAGAGCGUAGCAGUACAGAGACUCGUCUAUGAGUGGGCGAUUGGGAAGAACAUGCGUGAAUUCACCUGCAUUUUUGACCUGCGCUUCAGAGAGCUCAAUCUGAUUGAAGCACCACUGAGCUUAUUGGAGCUGCUUGGAGAACGGUUCCGGUACCUGAAGGCAGCUCUGCCGGAUCUUUUCACAUCACCAAGCUCCCUGCUCUUCAUCUUAGAUGGAUUAGAUGAGUUCAAAUUCACCUUGGACUGGAGCAGUCCCGACAAAAACAUCGACGUCCGUUCGAAGGUGCCAGUGUCAGAGCUGAUGGUGGCUUUAAUCAAGGGAAGCCUUCUCCCAGAGGCAUCAGUCAUUCUCACGACAAGACCAACCACUGAAGCUCCCAAGCGCUUCUUCCAGAGAUGUUGUGUGGUGCUGGGCUUCGAGGAAGACCAGGUGAAGGAAUACACCACCAAGUUCUACAAAGACAGAGAAGUUGCUGAAAAAGUCUACAAUUACAUCUUGAACAAUGACAACCUUUUUGUGCUGUCCUUCAUCCCUCUUUAUUGCUACAUCAUCUGCACCGCCAUGGCUGAGUUCUUCUCUCCAGGAUAUCAAGAUGUUGGUGACUCAAAGUCUCUGGAGCUAAACCCGCCCAGAACAGUCAGCGAGGUGUAUUUCUGCUACCUGUUUACAGCAGUCAAGCACCAUGCGCUGAGGGGAAGUGCAGAGAGAGGUACCCCGAGAUCUGAGGUUCUCUCGCUAGCAAAGCAGCAACUGACAAACCUGGGAAAACUGGCUUAUGAAAACCUUCUCCAGAAAAAGAUCAUGUUCAGCAGAGCAGAUUUGGAGAGCUUCGGUGUUACACCUGCUGAUCUUCAGAGCACCUUUCUCUGUCACAUCCUCCAGCCUCUCAGAGAGGAGACAGUGGAGAUGUUUUCUUUCUUCCACUUGACCGUUCAAGAACAUCUGGCUGGGCUCUACUGCGCAAUCAAUCUCUCCAGCCAGGAGGACAUAAUCCAAGCUCUGGACUUCUGGUGCUUUGGGCUACCUCCGCCAUCCUCCACAGCUGCACCCCUGCAAAACACAGACCUCAACACGGACAAGCUGGAGAGCCUCCAGAUGUUCACGCGCUUCUUCAUGGGAAUGCUCCGAGCUCGGCUGGCAGGUCAGCUGGAUGGCCUUGUUCUUUGCCCCAUGGAGCGAGGGGUUGGCAUCCCCGCCAGGCUGGGUUUGUGGUUCCAAGACCAGUUUAAGGGUGGAAAGCUCAAGAACCGGCCAGCCCUGAAUCUCCUCCACUGCCUGAUGGAGUUCCACACGAAGGAAGCCACCAGCAUGGCAGCGCCGGAGAUCAAGAAUCUCAACCUGUUUAAAAUGAAGCUGAGUGUUGUGGACUGUGCCGCUAUGCACUACGUGCUGCAGUUCUCGCCCCACACGCUGCAGGAGCUCAACUUAGGCUACUCCAACAUUGGAAACAGAGGACUAAACAGACUGGGGCCAAUCCUACACCGAUGUGAAUCCCUCUAUUUGAGAUACAACUGCCUGGAUAAGCAAGCGGCUAUUUUAGAAUCAGCGGUUCUGAAAUCAAAUGAGUGCCAAGUUAAGAAGCUCUUCAUGUGUGGCAACAACCUGGGUCCAGAGGGGGUUUUGGAGCUGUGGAACGCUCUGGAGCACAACACCACUGUGGAGGAACUCUAUCUGGACAUCACCGGCAUCACAGAGCGAGGAACAGAAAACAUCGUCACAUGCCUCAGCAAAAACACCUCUCUGAAGACACUGACCAUUGUUGGGAAUGACAUCGGAGAGGUGGGGAGGAGGAGGCUGAGGGAGCUGGAGCAACGUCGGCCGGACCUCCGAAUUAUUGCAAACGUUGUGGAUGACCUUGGAUUACUUCAGGCGUACCUGGACUGGGUGGAGGAGAUCCGGGCAGACAGAGACCAGAUGGACUCUGUGAAGAAUGCCGAUGCCCUGCAGUCGGUGCUGAAGGGGCUCCGGGUGGCAGGAGAACAGGUGGAGAAAGGACAGAACGCAGAGAAAGCUAAGGAGCUCCGGGCAAAUAUUGAAGAGUUGCUGAAGUCUUCCACGAAUCUGAUUGGAGGAAGACAAGUUAUGUAACAGAUUGUGUGUAAGGCUUGGGGGCAGAUGCUUUCAUAUCAUCCACCAUGAGUCAAAUAACAAUCUGACAUCAAUCUGUAAAAGUGGAAUUCAUAUAAAUCCGACUGCUCUGUUUGGGAUCCUGUAGAGCUGAACCCUCAACUCAAAAAUAUACUCAACAUUCUUUUAUCAGCUUAAUUCUUCAUGACUAUGAUGAGAAUUGCUUACAAACAAUCAAUUUUGAACUAAUGAAAUGUUUCAGAUGUCAGCUACGUUCCGUUUGUGGUCUCAGAGACACGAUUUAUACUGAACCACGACAUGAUUCUUCUCCUCAUUCAUUGUUUAAUAUUGUACUAAGAAUGCGUGGCAAUAAUUUGGGUUCAGUGGGGUUCGUUUGGAGCUGGGGACUGAUCAGGACUGAAGAUAAUGACAUAUAUACAGAAUAUCACGUAUCAGUUAGAUCGGUGUUGAAAACACUUUGUACGCAGCACUUCACCUCCCAGAUCCUAAAGUGUAUUGAUAGUUUGGUCUUAUGUCGUAUAAAAUAAUUUUCAAACAGGGAGGUAGAACCCGCUGCGGUUUAAUUUACAUCAAACUUAACUAACGUCACCAUGUUUGAUAAUAUAUUUCCAUAUUUUGGACACAUUCUGACAGACAAAGGAUGUAUGAUAUGUAUUUGUUUUGAUGCAAAGCCCUGAUAUCAUUUAAAACAUGGUUCCCUAAUUACUAUAAUAAUAAUGCAUUUUGGUAAUUUGUGUAUUUGAAUGAAAUUGGUUGUAAUGGUUGUACAGACACCACAGCAGUGGUGUCUGUCGGACAAACAAUGAGGAAGUAAAUGACAAAUUGAUUUCAAAACAACCAUUACUUGUGAUAUUGCAAACCUAAGAAUGGAAUGUUAAUGACUCUUAUUUUCUCUUUCUCAGCUUCAACAGCAUUGAACUGCAGACCUUUCUGAAUUUUGACUUGUUGUGAACACCAUGUCGUUUUCAUAACUUAGGACCACUACUGCUAGGAGACACAUUUUUACCUUAUCAGAUAAAAACUGUGUAGCUCUUCUGUUGAAAAUGUGCUGCAAAGAUCACUCACUUACUUGCACUUGUGCAACUUCCUCAUUUUGAAAAUAAUUCCUACGAACUCUCUGAAAAGGCAACAUCCCCUCUCGGGAACUUGACUUCAACAGAACAUCUCUCAUCCAUCUGUAAAACUGACCUGGUGAAAACGUAAGUCAUUAUCAUUUCCACAAAAAAACAUAUGAAUAAGUCAAAACUUAAGUUUAAAACAACAAGAUUUUUGAUGGAUGUAAGUUUGGUUCACUCUGCUUUAAAUCAACCAUCACAUAUUUCCAAAUUUUGAAAGGAGAGCAAAAAUAAUUAGCAGAUGGUCAUUGAGAAAUUAUUCUUUUUAAAAUGUUGAACUUUUAGAAGGGCAUUCAAUUACAUUUUUUUGAAAUAGUUUGACAAUGCUCUAUAAUUAUUAGUUAAUAAAAAAUAAUUUUAAAUAAAAUGAGUAGAUACAAUUGUUGUCACUGCAUGUUUUAGCAUAUCACUUCCUUUUUUCUUUUUGAUUAUCAUCAUGUCUCUUCUUUGCCAUGUUGUGAAAUGUGUAAAGAAACACUUAUUUGGUUUUUGCACAUCAGUUAACAUUUCUUCACCAUUUCCGAAAAAAUAAAUACAAAUGUUUUCAUCUUUACAGUACAGAAACAUCCUACCCAUAUUGACUAAAUUACUACUUAUUAAUGUAAUUGUUCUAUUUUGGUUUUAUAAUUUUCAAAGUAGUGAUCUAUUAUUUAUCUUCUUUAUUGUGAUGAAUUAGUGUCAUCUUAAUGGAGAUUAGAAAAAAUAUGUAGGUUCAACAUAAUGUCCAUCUGAAUACUGAAGUCACGUUUGACAUUAGCCUUCAAAUAAACACCGCUCUAAAGAAAGAUGGCUGGACCUCUGAAUUUCCUUCUGAUUGCCAGUCUGCUGCAAGGUGAGAUGGGAUUCAUUCAUAUAUGGCCAAACAACCACAAAGAUAACGAAAAGUCAGAAAAACAAGUUCUUAAGCAAGACACGUGAGCAGUAAGCUUUCUUCUUCAGGAUGUGUUUCUUGUGUUUAGGUGCCCUGCGUGGAGAGUUGAAGGUCGUCUUUCCAAAGUUAAUAGAGGUUCUGAGUGGAUCCUGUGUGACCACCCACUGCUUCUUUGAUGUGACAGCUGAACAUGAAUCAAACUUGAAAGCCACAUGUGUAGCAGUAUGGAAAAAUGAUGGAGGGACUGUUGUGUUUGACAGCAGGAAUCCACAAAAAGCAAUAAUAAAUGAUGACUAAAUGAGACUUGAGAAUAAAAGACUGCACCACAACCCUGAACCACUUGCAACCUGCUCACAGUGAAACAUAUUUCUUCAGAGUAGAAUGCAACA